CCGAGCGCGCCUCGGCCGCCGCCUCCGCGUCCUCCAGCCGAGACCCUGGCGGCAGAGGCGGCUGGCCGAAGGGCAUGCGGCAGGAGCCUCCCCGCUCGCCCGCGCCCACCCCUCGCCUCUCGCUCGCCCGCGCAGCCCGCCAGCCCUGAGCAAAAUGGAGCGGCGGUGGGCGCUGUGGCUGGGACUGCUGAUGCUGAGCGCGGAUACUGCAGGAGCCACCAAGGAGGAGUGCCUCAGUGGGCGUUUUACCACCAGUGGGGAGUGCUGUAAAGUCUGUAACCUCGGGGAAGGUGUUGUCCAGCCCUGUGGAACAAACCAAACUGUCUGUGAACCAUGCCUGGACAGUGUGAGUUAUUCUGACACAGUGAGUGCCACAGAGCCAUGCAAGCAAUGCAAGGAGUGUGUGGGCCUUCAGAGCAUGCUGGCACCCUGCGUGGAGUCAGACAACACCGUCUGCAAAUGCAUUUAUGGCUACUACCAGGAUGAGACAAGUGGCGAUUGCAAAGAGUGCACCGUUUGUGAAGUGGGCUAUGGCCUCGUGUACCCAUGCAGAGACAAUCAGAACACAUUUUGUGAGGAAUGCCCUGUGGGGACCUUCUCAGAUGAUGCUAACCAUGUGGAUCCCUGUUUCCCUUGCACCAUUUGCGAGGAGAAUGAGAUCAUGGUCAAGGAGUGUACUGCAGGAUCGGAUGCUGUGUGCAGAGAAAUUCACCCACGAUUUCCAACAACCACCAUAUUCCCAAUGGAGACCGACAUUGAUGAUACAAGCCCAUAUGUUGAAGACUAUAGUCUGGAGAGUUCUGAGAACCCCAUCCCUUUCACAAACGAUCCAAAUGAACCAGAUGGUUUUGGUAGCACCAUACCCAGCAUAGCAACCACGGUGAUGGGCAGCUCUCAGCCCAUUGACCGAAGCAGCACACCAGACAACCUCAUCCCAGUCUACUGCUCAAUCUUGGCAGCUGUGGUCGUGGGGCUGGUGGCGUACAUCGCUUUCAAGAGGUGGAACAGCUGCAAGCAGAACAAGCAGGGUGCCAACAACCGCCCCGUUAACCAGACACCUUCGCCAGAAGGAGAGAAGCUUCACAGUGACAGCGGCAUCUCGGUUGACAGCCAAAGCCUCCACGAUCAACAACCGCAGACACAAACAGCAUCCAUGCAAGGCCUUAAAGGAGAUGGGAACCUCUACACCAGUCUGCCAGCUAACAAACGAGAGGAGGUUGAAAAGCUGCUGAAUGGCUCCACGGAAGAGACAUGGCGCCACUUGGCUGGGGAGUUGGGCUACAAGGAAGACCACAUAGACUGCUUCACACAGGAGGAAUAUCCAGUCCGCGCACUCCUCUCUGACUGGUCCAGCAAGGACAGUGCCACAAUGGACGCCCUUUAUUCUGCCUUGCGUAAAAUCCAAAGAGGGGACAUUGUGGAAAGUCUCUACAGCGAGUCUACUGCCAGCUCACCUGUGUGAAGCAAGAAGAAGGGGUGGAGGCACACUGGGGGCACCUCUGAUUGCCCCACCUAUCCUCUCUGGUGCCUCUUGGGAGAAAACAUGUGAAGGAAAAACAGAGUUUGUUCUUCCCUUAAUUUCUGGGGAUCUUGGAACAACCCUGUAUGCACUGACUUGGUUGUUUUCCCUCUUCCCCGCCCUGGUAUUUUCACCCAAUACCUCUUGCCGGUAGCAGACUGCACAAUGCUAAAAAGAGGCAGGCAACUGGAGUGGAUUUUUUUUUCUUUAUGAAAUGUCUCCUAGAAUGGCAGCAUUUUGCUGUUUCUGCUCAAAUGCAGGGCGAAGAACUGUUUCCGGCCAAAGUCUCUCUUUCAGGUGCCUCUCUGAUGUCAGUGUGCUUCUCUGCUCCCAUUUGAAGUCAGUUCUCUUUCCACGCUCUCACCUAUUGUUGUUCAGUCACCAGAUUUUCUCUGGUACAUUUCCUAAGCCAGGAAAUGAAGGGAAGCUUGGUGGGACAUGUUGCAUGCCUUGAAGAAUGCUGAAAGUAGGUAAGUUCAGCCUGGGAGGGGAAAGAGCAAGGGAAUGUUUCAAAGAUACAAUAGAGACCUGUUCUGAGAGAGCCUCCUUGAGGAGGGAAGAAUGACUUCUGACUGUCAAAACUGACACUGUGAAGAACAAACCUCAAAAGGGAGGGAGGGAUUGAAAAGCGAUACAUGAGUUUCCCUUCCACGUUUCCAUCUAUGUGCUCCAAACGUCAAGAGCACUCUUGGUCUUCACCUCCUUCACCUUGGUCUGACGCAUUUCUGUCAUUGGUAUUGAACCUUCCUGCUUAGCUUUGAUCCAUAAUCAGAAGUGGACAGAGUCCUCAAGUAGACAGCACUGACAUCAUGGGGUCAUAAGCCAUAUUGGAGAGCAGAGCUGGAGAAACAAGCCCAGCCAACCAAAACAGUGCAAAUGAUGUCUGGUUCAUGGGUAUGUGAAAUACUAAUCACUGUGAUGCUCUAAGCCAGGCCAAAUGUGAUCUUUGUUGUCAUCCCAGAUGUUGUAUUGGUGGAAUUUUAGAAGCUAUGCCUUGCGUUCUUCCUCAGACUAGUGAACCGAUCACUGUGGGUUAUUAAAGCCAUUACCUCUGUUGCAUUAAAGCAUUGAGCAAGGUAACCCUUGGGUGGCCUUAAGACACUGGGUGGAGAGAAGAGUUCAGUUGGUUCUGAACUCCAAUACAUCCAAGCUAGAACCGGGUUUGGUAUUGCCUCUUCCAAUGCACCUCUGCUGGGGCUUUCUUGGUUUUCCAUGGGGAUGGAUCUAAAAAAAUAAUACAGUGCAGUAAUGAGAGGAAAAACUCUUCAGGAGCUAAGAGGAGUCACCAGAAUAUCUUGGGUCAACAAAAAAGCAAACUGAAAUUUUAUUACACUCCCUGGCUUGAUAUAGAUCAUAAGCUCCGUUUUUACUUUUGUUCUAAACACUGAUAAAGAACUUGAAAGCUUGCAGCAUUUUAAACAACUAGUGCCAUCUCUUUUGUUGUCCCUCUGAACUAGGACUAAGUAGAGAAGGGUGUCCUUCAAAUAAAUUGAGGAAGUGGGGGAGAGGAUAAAUCCAAAAAGUUGGCAGGAGGGAAGGAAUCCACUCCCUUUUGCCCCAGAAAGAAGUCAGGUAUUAUUAGAAAUCUCAGAAUCCCCCUGAAAAAUUGUACCAUUCCUAAACAACCUCUCCUUCCUUUGAAAUGGUUAUGUUGCCAUGCCUGAAGAAGACAUUUCAAACUUGCAUCAAACUUCUGUAUUGGGCAAAAAUUGAGUGUGGGUACGAAGUGUGAUACUCAAAACACAGUGUGAAAAAGGAGAAUCCUGGUGGUGACUCCUGGUGUUUGAAGACUUUCUCCAGCCUAAGGAGUCUUCCUGCAACUUGAGCAGCUUUUCCACUGGAGGAAGAGCCACUUCCAUUUGAAAGAAGGAGCCUUAGGCUGGAGGAAGACCUCAGCCAUUGCUGAUCAGUGGGUAGGAUACAGGCCAGAGAUUUCCAAAAUACAGCAAGACAACUGAGCUCGCCUCUUCAUUUGCCAGAACCUGGAGUCACCAGAACAUGGAUCACAAUAUACCAGGCUGAAGAGGAGGAAGCAUUAGCAUUUGUAAUGCCUUGAGUAGCUUAGAUUGGAUUCACCCAUGGUUGGACACUGAGCUGUUGUCAUCAUGAAUCACUGUAAUAACACAAUAGCUGAUGACGUGCAGAUCCUGCAGAUGACUCUGUUUUGCUCUCAAGGGCUCCAGUUGGACUUAGGAGAGUUAUGAGUUCUUUUGCCCAGUACGGCCGAGAAAACAACUUAGAGGCAAACUCUUCUAAAAGGAAAGUAAUGGCCUUUGCAAAAAAUAAGACUCCAAAAACAUACUAUUCGUCUUUAAAUUCCACUCCCAUUGAACAAGUUUCAUGUUUUAAGUACUUGGGUGUCUUUUUCCAGGGCCGUUUCCAGAUGGCUUAUCUGCACCCGGUAUGUCGUACCACGUUGCGGGGAAAACGCGAAAUAUCAAGUUUUCCCCGCAACGUGGCGCGACGUACCGGGUGCAGGUAAGCCAUCUGGAAACAGCCCAGGUGAAUGGCUCGAGAACUGUUACUAUAAACUCUUAUCAUUUUAGAUGCCAAAAGGAGUUUGGGGGCAAUUCAAAAAUUCUAUCGGCCUAAAGGGGAUAAAUGCCUGAUAGUGGCCCUUAGAUUAUUCAAGGCCAAAUCCCUCACUCAGCGUAUCUAUGGAGCCCCUAUUAAUAUUACCUCAAAUCUAAGGAGAUUGGACACGGUUCAAUCUAAAUUUUUGAGAACGAUCUUACAAGUGCCCCGUGGUGUCCCAAAUACACUUAUUGGAAUCGAAACCGGCAUGAUUACAGUAGAGGCACAGUUGUGGGCCGCAGUGAUUUUUUUGACAUGCAGAUCCUACCUUCGUUUGGAAUCUUGUUCAGAAGGUUUCUUGUGGUAUCCUUGAUGGACAUGUGAUGGGCCAUGUGCACGUGCAUGGUCACACACAUACUUUCUUUCCUUUUCUUUCUGGGGAGGAAUGUAUUCCAUUUUGCAGUGACUAUCCAAAAGAAGCAAAAAAACGACUGUCAUUUUUUUUGAACAUGCACAACUAAUUAUCUAGUACCAGAGCACUGCAUAUGUGUCCUUUUCUCAGCAUUGCUGCACCUUUGAGCACGGAGACAUGUAGGCAAGAUAUGAGUCCCAAUGAUCAUUUAAGUCAACCUUGAUUAGAAUUUUCUCCAGUUCUGCAAGGUCAUUGGGCAGUCCAUCUUGGGAACUUGCAAGGCACACAUCUUGGGCACACAAAAUACAAUUUCUUUGGCCUCAUAUGCAUGACCAGAGUUGACCAUCAUUAUCCAGAUUUCCAGUCCCAGUUGAAUACACAAUUGUAGUGACAAGUAGCAAUGGACAUAACAACUGUCCUUCAUGGAAGACUGUUCAGCCACUGUUGGUGAAAGAAUGGCUCCAUAGUUCCACAUGGUGAGGACUCAGGACCCAACCAAUAUUCUCAAUAAUUUGUGAAUUGGCCCUGACAGUUUGUUUAGUGGAACAUACUGUAAAUGGCAUUGAGUGUGUAAUAUAUGGAGGCCUCUGUCCAUAGGCACAGAGGCCCAAAGAAUUACCAGAUUCUAAAUGAAACUGCAGCAUUGACUAGCAGGUUCUAGUCAAUCUUGGUUCUUUCACAUUAGUGCCACCUGAGCCAGAACAGCAUGUUGCAACCCAAGCUUUGGGUGUUACCUAAAGGGACAGUAGCCACAACUAGAGCCUUUCAUUAACACCUGAAGAAAGAAAUUACCAUAGAUCGGAUGCAGUUAACGCACCCGAUUUACUCCUCUGAAAGAUCAGGGAAUUAGAAGUGUGACCUUGCAGGGCAUCAGAUUCCAUCAGUCUGCCAGCAGCAAGAUUGCUGAGAUAAUUUUGCUGAGAAAACUACCAGCAAUUGUUACCAUUUAGGCAUGCAAUCAAAUACUAUAAUGGAAGAGGACUUAAGAGACCAUACAUGACGCUCAGUCCAUUAAACUGAAUCCAACCUAACAUUCAGGCUAAUCUACUCUUAAAGACCUCCAGUAUUGGAGUUGUCACGUUUCUAGCUUGGCAAUGUCUUCCAAUAUUCCAUCACUCAUUCAGAAUUGCAAAGAGUGGCUCCCCUUCCUCUGGCAUCUCCCCUUCCAGAGCCUUUGGCUUGCCAAAGCUCGGUUAAUUCAAAGUUUUAAGCAGCGAGUGCGGCAGGGUAAAAGCUCUGGAAAAGCUCCAGAGGCGGCGGAAGACUGUGAGAGAUUCCAUCCCCUCCAAAGCAAUCUCUGCUGGCUAUGUCUUUUAGAACUAUGCUUCCUGGCUAACAUUGUGUCUCCCGACACGUGAAGAACACAUGUCAAAAGUACAGAUGUAUGCAAGUAUUUUAUAGGAUUUAUCAGUGUUCACUGUAGCAUGUGAACAAGGCUCAUUGCUCAGGCAAAGGCGCUGGGGCAAGGAAAUGUGUUUUCAUAGAGGCAGCCACCAAUAAGGAUCUAGCUGGGGAUCCCCUUUACAUGACUCACCCCAAGGCUUGCAAAGUAAUAAACAAGAAGGAAUAUGUCCUAGGAAAACUGUAUGACUUACAAGAGGAAUCAUGAAGGUUUACUUGUAGAACAACAUAUGUGGUCAUGCACCAAAAGAGAUACCGCAUAGUAGGUUGGAUUCAGACUAAAUUUUCCAACAACGUCCUGCCUCCCCCCUCUGAAAAGCACAGAUCUCCACAAAAUGCUGCUCCUGAGUGAAAGGGGACCCUGAAGAAUGACAUGAUGGAAGUCUGCCAUGGGACAUGGGGAAUUGGUGGGAAUUUCUGUUAGUGGGGAAUAUAGUCUGGAUCCAACUUAUUUCGUAGAGCAGUAGACCUUCUGCAUCUUUUAGUUCUACCUUUGGUAUUUGAGUGUAUUACAUAGACAAAAGGUUUUUUAAGUGUAAGUGAUUGAAAUAAUAAUAAUAAUAUUAAUCAAUAAGAGACUUUGCACAACAUCAGCUUGGCAUACCAUAGUUUUACUUCUAUAUACAGCAAGUUGAAUCCAAGUGGUUCCUCUAGUGGUAAAAUGUAAGAAGCCUUUCACUGGAAGACCACACCUGUUCCAUCAGGGAAAGGCUGUUUGGUGUAGAGGAAGGCUCCACCUUUGGUGGAAUAAAACUUUGGAUCUAACCCAGUAUUGAUUGCUGCAGCACUAGAUGAGUCAGAAUUGUUGUAGGGGUGGAUAUGGAUGUAUCUGAUCAUAUCUGACCAGUAAGGAUAAUGGAGUAUUCAGAAUACCAAUAAGUACCAAUGGAGCACUAAUGGAGUAUUCGUGUAUUUUUGGACAUAGGAGUCCAGAACCAAAUGCACUUUCCAUUCAGGAAGAGUGGUGAAUGGCUAUCCUAACAAUAAUCAUCUGUGAUAGUGGGGUGGAGGGGACAAAUGGAAAAAAUGAGGUAUUGAGAAUCAAACCAUGAUGGGUUGCAUUGACUAAGUCAUAUGAACAAGAGCGGACUCUUCUAUCAGAGUCAUAUUUAGUUUUAAAAGAAAAUCUGCAUGAAAAGAACAUUGGGCAAUAUCCCGCCUUAGGCUGGAGGAAGUCCAUCUACCAGAAAGUCGCUUUUCUGCUGGAGGAAGAGCCACUUAAGCUGGAGGAAGUUUUUAAGGCCAGAGGAAGGUCUCAAACUUUGCUUAGUGGAGUGGUCAGAUACAGGCCAUUGUUUCGAAAGCUACACUUCGCUAUAAAAUUUUGUUGGCAUGUUUUUAAAUGGCAUUCAGAAAGAAAAAAAGAAUCAUAAUUACUUCUUUUGAAAGAGAAAUAAAAUAGCCAAAGUUAAUGACCUUUUUGCCUUUUAUAUUUUUAUUUUUUUUUACAAAGUGUGUGGGAGAUUUGUUUUGUUGGUACUGUCCCAUGGUUUGCCUGUAAUACAAAUGCCAGUUUAUUAGAAAAUUCUUACCGUGAAUAAAUAUUUCUGUAAUCGAAGCUCUGGAUUGGUCUGUAGGCUUGACUGUGGUCAUCAAAAGACCUAUUCCUCUCUCAUUUCAGUUUGCAUGGAUGGAUGACACAUGGAGAGGGGAGUCAGCUGGGGGUGGGGGGGUGGAUGCACCUGUGUGAUCUUAGAUGACUUUGUAGUGGCUGCGUGGACAACUGUAACUGUGUACCUUUCCAAUGUGAAUAAAUACACGUAUCUGUGCCCGUUGCAUUUUGUAUAUAUUCCAGCAAUCGGGUGGAGGGAGGGGCAGAUCAUCUUCAGCUAUUCCGGCUCUCCGCUCAGUCUCUUGAAUUCCAUUGAUUGCUCACCAGAUGAUGAGUAUAUCUCUCAUCCCUCAACCUCAUCUCCUUCCUUGGA